AUGAAGGCAAUUUUUCAUUUGGCAUGCGCGGCAUUGUACGCAUAUGUGGCCUACGAGGAUUCUAACAUCGUGUCCGGACCCCUUCUUCCGAUUCCAUACAACACUUUCUCCAGAUUUGUGUGGUUGACUAUUAUCGACCUGGUAAAACCAAAAAAAAUCGGAAUUUUUAAAAUUUUUGUUAUUCCAGUACAUGCAAACUCUGUAUCACACUGUCGGAUUUAUCCUGACCAUUGUGUCUCCGAACAAAAGACAUGUCAUCUUUGACUACUGGGCUCGCGCGCUCGUCGGACCUGUCGGAGUGGUAAAUCGCUCAUAUUUGAUGAUUUUCUUCCCAAUUUUAAACAUUUUCAGGCUAUGACCGUGCUUUUCUGGGGACUUUACCUCUUCGAUCCGGCUACGCUUGCUAAGGAUGAGAUGGCACGCAAGAUAUUGGCUCUUUUCUGGUUCAACCACGGAUUGGUACGUUAAAGUCGACUUGUGAGCACUCAAAUGAGUCAAUUUUCAGCAUACCCUGCCAGCAAUCACUGCUCAUUUGGAUCUUCUUAUCUGCAAACAUUCGAGCUUCUCCAGAAGUGCUAUUCUGAAGGGAAUUGCUACGUUCUGUACGCUUUAUCUUAUUGAGUAAGUAAAAGAAACGGAAUUGAAGGUUAUCGAUUUUUGAUGCGCUUAUCAGAAAUGCGGAAGCAGCUGGUUUUUAUCGUAAUAAUCACAACAAAUCAAACAAAAUUAAGUUUACAAGUCUUCCGGUAAAGUUAUCAACACGUUAACAUGCGUUUUAUUGAGCGAAUGAGUGCGGUUAUAACUUUUUUAAAUCAUGUCAAAGCGCGCGCAUAAGAAACCAAAAAGAAGCAAAGUGAUUUCAUGUCAGAUACAUUUUUGUCAAGAUAACUCGAAUAGCUGCUGUUUCUCAUCUAGACAUAGCUUUUUAACGAUGAAUUUGAGCAGAAGUUUGAGAAGUGUAUGAUUAUGUUAAAAAAAAUAACUUAAAAAUUUUUUUUCAGUCUCCACUACGUCUACUACUCUUCCGGUUUCUGGGCAUACCCAAUUCUCGGAGAGCUGGCUCCUCCGUUCCGUCUUCUGUUCAUUGCUGCGUGCAUGUUUGUCGUUUUCCUCGCUUACCUUUGGCUCUCCGUCAUUCACACUGCUGUUCAUGGAGAUGAUAAGUCAAAGAACAAGAAGAAGCAUUAA